GUCCUUUCACCAAAUCCAAUCGAUUGUGUUCCAGCUGUGUUCCCCCCCAUGAGUACAUGUUUUUUUAGUGACUGCAAUGUGGAGUCAUUACAUCAGAAUCAGAUGGAUAUUGGGUGACAGAAAGCCCUGGCAGCACUAAACCUUGUUUUACUCCUGCUGCUUUACCCUGGUGGAGAAACAUCUGCUCGUGAAAGGAUGCACUUUUGAAUAUAUUUCUUUACAAGAUCAUCCAUUCUUCAGAUUCCUGGGAUUUCAACAGCAAAUUUUAAACAAACCAAGGAUCACAUGCCCAAAUCAGAGCUGAACAAAUAAUUUUCAGGAAUUCUAGGGGAGGCAUCCACAGAGUAACACAGCUAAAUACUGAUAGUGUAGUGAGUUUAAGCAAUGGAAAGAUACUUCACACCUGUGCGGGGCUCCUCCGAGGAUGAGGUGAAAAUUUAUAAACAUUACCAUCCCAUACCUCAACAGCAUCCUCACAACCAUCAUUACCACCACAACCAAUAUCGCCACCAUGGAUCACACAGUCACAGCUCUUCAAGCAGUCAUGGGAAGCACACCGAUAAACAUACUCAUCAUCACCACGACAACCAGCAUCACUUUUAUCAUCCCGCUAACCCUAAAAUGUCUGGAGACCAUCACAGCUUCUCUAAAAGGUCUUCCUCCAGUCUGUCCUCAUCCUCUUCCACUUCCUCAUCUGCAACUUGGACCUCAGAGCCCAGCCUGGAUGAUGAGACGUAUUUCAUGCACAAGCCCCAGCAUUCCCUGUCCUGUUCCAACAUCCCUGAGGUCCGAAGGAAAAGCCAUGACAGAGAAUCCGAGGACUUUGAUUUUGAUCAGAGAGAUCAGAGGCACCGCCACAGCCUAGAAAACGCUGUCGACCUGCUGCCUGCUUCUCAGCAUGGACAGCGGAUGGCAAAACUCUCCCGGGGCCAUAGCAAAAGCGAGGAGGGCCUCCAACAAAACAAGCACAAAGAUGGUUACUCAGCAGGAUCUCACUCCAUAGAUCAUGGGCCACUUUACAAGACCGCAAGCUUGGGACAAAGCCUUGCCUUUGGUGGCAAUAACGACAACACUCUAGGUGGCAGGGUGGUUCCCAAGAAGGCCGUUUCAUCUAUUCAGCUGCCCAGCAAAGGUAUUCUGAAAAACAAGGAUGAGGGACAAAAAGAAGGACAUUUUAGAAAAUCUAAGUCUAUGGAGGUGCUGUCCACCAGGGUGCACGCCACGGGAGCAUCCAAACAGAUCUCUAUGGAAGCUGCGAGGGAUAACUUUGUGAAAGGGAAGCUGCAGUUCUCUGCAUUUCUGGACGAGAUCACCAGGCAGGUUAUCAGUCCCCGUGCUCUUAGCUCAUUUGGCGUAAAUACACCAACGCCACCAAAAUCUCCCAAUGAAGAGCGCAAGGACCGCAGCGGCAAGCAGGAGAGCCUCGUGCCGCGACCCAAACAGCAGCCUGUCAAAGCUGAGAGGCCAGAUUCAGGAAAAACUGAUUCAAGCUCACUCUCUCGAUCCCAUAAGAGCAAAUACCACAACCGGACACUGACCAGCUCUCCGCCACCGCCCCGCCGCCCUUCAAAAGCCGAAAGACAGGGGGCUGCUUCAGGUAAACAACACCACAGACAAUACUCUCAGAUGCUCACUGAUGGUACCAGCACCAGCCCAGAAACGAUCCACACCAACCUCUCUAAACACAAAGGGCGACAUCAAAGCAGUCAUGGCCCGUCCAGGAACUUCCAUACUAAGCAUGCGAAGGGAUCACCGCCGCUUCCGCGAGCCGCAGGCCUGGAGUCAGAGUCCCAGUCGAGUAAAUCAUCCACCAGUGCUAGUUCAGAGAAAAGUGACAGACCCAAACACACGGGACACAAGAGGCAAUCCAAACCACACAGGGUGAGUUCAUCAAAAGACCGUAAUGUUUGGAGCAAAAUACGGCCAAAACGUCUUAGAUGUUUCUAGAAAAUAUUAUAAUAAAUAAAUACAUAAAAUAUGAAAUGUGGCCUAUUGUUUUGAAUUCCAAUAAAUUAUACGAGGGCCUACUGCAACCCUGUAACAAAUUUAUUGUAGUAGUUUUUUUUUUAAAUUUGAGUGUGUGUGUGUGUGUCUGUGUUUCUACAUUUAAAAAUCAAUAUAAAAAAAAGCUAAACAGCAAUGAGCGAAAGUACUUUUGUAAUGAUUGGAUUUAAACAACUAUUAAACAUUUAGCAGUGAGUAAGAUAUUAUGCUUUUAUUCAAGGAGGAUGCAUUAAACUAAAAGCGACAGUGAACACUUUUUUACUAAUAUUCUAAAUAUUCUACUUAAAAAAAAAUGCUGUUCUUUUCAAUGUUUUUCAUCUUGGGGGAAAAUGUAUUAUGUUUUUUCUACAACAAUAUCAAGCAAUACAAAAAAUUUUUAGCUGUCAUAAUGAAUAUUUCCUGAGCACAAAAUCAACAUAUCAGGAUGAUUUCUCAAUAACAUUUGAACAGUGUAUAUAAUCCGUGAAUUAAAGAAUUAUUCUUUAUUAUUAUUCCCUUCACAAAUACUUGGGCAAGUACACAUGUUAUUCAAUAGCAAGCACAGAAAUAAAGAUCGAAUUAUUGAUAGCCUUGGAUUAACCUCUAUGCUGGAAGCACGAGGGAUACCCUUCAUUGUGUCCAUAUCCGUUGAUGAACACGAGUCAUCGAUCAAUGGUCUUCUCUGGAACAUAUCGCUAAAAAAAAAUCAAUUUUCUAUUUUCUGUCCUGUUCUGUCCUCUAUUCACCCCCCUCUCUUCUCUCUUGCCCCUAGGAUUCAUCCGGUUCCGUCAACAGA